AUGGAUGCUGCCAUGCAAGGUGCCCUUGAGGCAGACAAGCUGGUUGGCGGCUUGAAGAUUGCAAAGGAGGCCGGUGAAUGGACAAGCUCAGGCUUCCAUCCUUACCUGCCACCGGAGACCUACCUCACAUGCAGGUUCUUCUCAGCGAGGAAGCAUGGCCUGGUGGAUGCUGCGGUGCGGAGCAGCCCUACUGACAGAACUGCCGUGGUUGCACUGCCAGGAGGGGUCGGGACACUGGACGAGUUGUUUGAGAUCAUGGCGCUGAUUCAACUGGAGAGGAUCGGGUCAGCGCUCCCGGUUCCGUUCUUGCUCCUCAACUACGAUUCUUAUUACUCCAAGCUGCUGGACUUUCUGAAUGACUGCCAGGAGUGGGGCACAGUUGCUCCGGGGGAAGUGGCGUCACUUUGGAAGGUUUGUGAUGGGAAUCAUGAAGCUUUGGAGUACCUUGCAGAGUUCUACAACGUUCCUGCUGAUCAAAGAAAUUACCAAAUGUCACCACAGUUGAAGCAGCACAGGACUUCGUACGCUGCAAGCUGA